UAAAAUCGAUGGUGUGAAAAUAAUAUUUUGAGUUCAUGGUGGCGACAUUUAUAAUUUGGAUACAGUAUGGGGGCAGCGUAACAAUUCUUCGAUUUCAGAUUUCCUUUCUCAGAGCCUUCCUCACGAUAGUCGAGAACGACUAGAAGAAACAUUUCCAGGAAAACGCCGAUGGCGAUGGCGGUAGAGGGCGGAGGCGGCGGCGAUCUAUCGGAGUUGUACUCCAGCUCUAAGCGGAUGUCUCUGAAGAUCAGAUAUGAUUUGGAAAGGCUUGAGCGUCUGGAGUUCUCGUCAGCAUCAUCCUCUUCGCUGUCAUCAUCGAACGCCGUCGUCCCGGGGUCCUCCGAUGAUCAGGCAACUGCAAUUCGAAGAGAUAUAAACCAGAUCCAGUCUCUCUGCGCCGAUAUGGAUCGCCUCUGGCGUUCCAUAUCCAACAAGCCUCAACGCGAUCUCUGGAAAAGAAAAGUGGAACAAGUCAGCGAGGAGGCUGAAUCAUUUAGAGCUAGUCUGGAUAAAUACCAAUCAAGGCAUCAGAAACGAGUACAAGAUGCGCAAGAGAGAGCAGAGUUACUAGGAAGAGCUAAUGGGGAUUCACAUGUUUUGAGAAUCUUUGAUGAGGAGGCACAAGCAAUGGAGUCAGUUCGUAGAUCCUCCAGAUUACUAGAGGAUAGUUUUGCAACUGGAGUUGCCAUUCUUUCAAAGUACAGUGAGCAAAGGGAUCACCUCAAGAGAGCUCAAAGGAAAGCACUGGAUGUUCUCAACACUUUAGGGCUAUCAAACUCCCUACUGAGGAUAAUCGAGAGGCGGAACCGCUUCGACAAAUGGAUUAAAUAUGCAGGCAUGAUUGUAACAAUCGUCGUCAUCAUUUUUUUCUGGAGGUGGACUAGAUGACCGAGGCUGCACCCAAUCUAUUACCAAAGUUUUAAUUGACAUAUAUAGCAUUUCUUUAAUCUUUUGUUGCAGUAAAUUUUCACCAUGUACUUGUAAAAAGAAAGUGAACUAUAGUCGAAUUUUCGUAGAUAAUUUGGAUAUUCUGCUAUUAGGAUAAGAAUUCGAUUUCGGUUUCGGUUUCGGUUUCUGCGGAAAUCCUUAGUAUAAUGUUUUAGAAAAA